AUGCUCUCUCCAAAACUAAACUUUAACGUAAAGAAAAAUUAUUAUAUAUACUGUAUAUGUGUGAGUGUUUAUUUAGAAUGUAACACUUUCGGUGUAUCUUCCCUUUUGCCUACAACACAGCACACAGACCCUGACUACUCUGCAGCAUAUGUGAUUCUAGAAACAGAUGCAUCGGAUGGUAUAAAAGGAUAUGGCUUAACCUUUACUUUGGGCAGAGGCACAGAAGUUGUGGUGUGCGCUGUGAAAGCUCUUUCAAGACAUGUGGUGGGAAGAGCAUUUGAAGACAUUGUCAACAAUUUCAGAGGGUUCUACAGGGAACUAAGCAGCGAUGGGCAACUGCGAUGGAUUGGUCCUGAGAAGGGUGUAGUGCAGCUGGCAACUGCUGCCGUACUUAAUGCAGUAUGGGACCUGUGGGCUAAAAAGGAAGGAAAGCCCCUCUGGAAGUUGCUGGUUGACAUGACUCCAGAGCAGCUGGUAUCCUGCAUUGAUUUCAGAUACAUAACAGAUGCACUGACAGAGGAAGAAGCUCUUGAAAUACUUCAAAAUGGGAAACAAGAACAAGAAACCAGAGAGCAGUACAUGGUAAAGAAUGGAUACCCUGCAUAUACCACAUCAUGUGCCUGGUUAGGCUAUCCAGAUGAACAACUAAAAAAGUUGUGUACAGAUGCACUGAAGGAAGGGUGGACAAGAUUUAAAGUGAAAGUAGGGGCAGACUUACAAGAUGAUAUUAGAAGGUGCAAACUUAUUAGAGAAAUGAUUGGGCCUGACAAUAAACUGAUGCUUGAUGCAAACCAGCGGUGGGAAGUGAAUGAAGCCAUUUCAUGGGUGAAAGAGUUAGCUGUUUUCAAACCUCUCUGGAUUGAGGAACCCACAUCCCCGGAUGAUAUUCUUGGCCAUGCAACAAUCUCCAAGGCUUUAGCUCCACAAGGGAUCGGAGUUGCCACAGGAGAGCAAUGUCAGAACAGAGUAAUGUUUAAACAGUUUCUACAAGCCAGUGCUCUCCAGUAUCUUCAGAUUGACAGCUGCAGAUUGGGAAGUGUGAAUGAAAACCUCUCUGUUCUUCUCAUGGCAAAGAAAUACAAUGUCCCUGUUUGCCCUCAUGCCGGUGGAGUUGGUCUUUGUGAACUGGUACAGCAUUUGAUUAUAUUUGACUACAUUUCAGUGUCGGGAAGCCUAGAAAACAGGAUGUGUGAGUACGUGGAUCACCUCCAUGAACACUUUAAGUAUCCAGUGGCGAUCCAGAAUGCUUCUUAUAUGCCUCCAAAGCAUCCUGGCUACUCCACAGAAAUGAAAUCAGAAUCAGUGUCACAGUACCAGUUCCCAGAUGGAGAUGUUUGGCAGAAGCUAAUCAGUGAGGAAAGGAUUGAAAUAUAG